UCGGGAGAGAGCACGGCAAAAACGUGUCAAACCAGAUUGCGAUUGCAUCCAAAGCGGAAGUAUUUGCGGCGAGCGUUCUGUGAUUGGGUGGUCGAGUUUUGCUUCCUUUUAUUUUCGUGGAGGCUGUGCAUAUAAACGCGCUGAUGCAGAAUACUUUACCGGCGCUUGGCCUAAUUCUGCAGACCUGUACAGUGAAAAUGCGUGUUAAGAGCCAAACACAGGGGCAUCUAGCAACAGUUUAACGAUAAGCCGAGUGUGCCAUCUUUGCCGUCCGUUCACGAACAGAUGCGGCUUCGAUUGUUACCGCUGGUGACCUUGUUGCAACUCUUUGUAACAGUUCCAGCUAAUCGGAAAUGUUUGGGCGGGCUUUGCAUCCCGCCGGAACUGUGUCGACCUGUGAGCGAAAAUGUGUACGAUGAUGUCCAUCUAAACUUUUUCAGUUCCGAAGAAUGCCGACAUGAGAACUUUAAAUGCUGUCCAUUUGAGCGUAUUGUACGACAACCGAAGUUCGAAGCGCCAGAUGAAAAGGAAUUGGUAUGCGCUGCGAGAAACAAUAAUGGCAUUGGGAAUGUACCUGUACCUCAAGACAGGUUUCAGGCAAGAUAUGGUGAAUUUCCAUGGAUGGCUUUUGUGUACGUAAUCGAAGCUGGGUACGAGAUCUACAAGUGCGGAGGAUCCCUAAUUCAGUCCAAAGUAGUCCUCACCGUUGCACACUGCAUCGAGAACCUGCAACCAGACAAGCUGAAAGUACGAUUAGGCGAGUGGGAUCUAGAAAGUAUGGUUGAAAUCUACCCACCACAGGACCGUUCGGUACUGAAAACGAUCACCCAUCCCCAGUACUACGAUGAACUGCUUCUUAAUGACAUUGCAAUUCUGUUCAUCAACGACCACGUCCAAUUUACAGAAGUAGUUGGAACGGUAUGCCUUCCGCCACAGAAUUCAAACUUUGAUAAGAAACGAUGCGUAUUCAGUGGUUGGGGACAGGACGUCCAUGGGCGAAACUCAUCUAUUCUGAAACGGACUAAACUACCGAUCUUACCUCGAGACGAAUGUGAGCAAAAUCUGAGAAAGAUGCUUAAAAGUGAUACAGUUGAACUGCACGAAAGUUUCCUUUGCGCCGGAGGUGAAUCCGGCAAAGAUGCAUGUCAAGGCGAUGGAGGAUCACCAUUGGUUUGUAAGGUUCCAAACUCCGAGAAUCAGUACUAUCUGGUAGGAAUUGUAGCAUUCGGAACGCACUGCGGGACUCGGGACGUUCCAGGGGUGUACGUCAAUGUUCCUUACUAUCGUGAUUGGAUCGACGGUGAAAUUGCUAAAAUGUAUCACGUUGACUUAUUUGUAGAUUAGUUAUUAGAGGAUAUUGGGUAUUAUUUAAUUUACUGUUUGUCUAGGUCAUGAAGAUAAAAUUUGGACAUGUACAAUAUUU